UUUGGGUGUGCACAAGUAUUAUAUGACAUGUUGGUUGGCCGAGAAAGGAGCACUUAGAUAUCAAAAGGUUCCUAAGAAUAUAAUAAUGAUGAAAGAAUUAACGGUAGUUACUGUUAAAGUACUUUUCCUUUUUCUUUUUUUUUUUUUGGGUUGGGGAGUUGUGGGGGGUGGGUAGUAAUUUGGGUGUUGUUAUGGACUGUUAGAAAGUUGGGUACCUUUCAAAUUGGUGUAUAAUCAUCUGCCUAUAGCUGGAAAUUUCCAGGUAAGCAUUCCCCUUCUUUUUGUUCUUUUCUACUCUCUGCUUCUGAUUAUCAGAGUUCUUCCUCCUUGUUACUAUUCCAGCUUGUUUUGAUAAUGGAAUCAUGGCGUUCAUUGCAUUGUCCCUGAAAGAGGGCAGGAUUGUCUUUCUCUUUUCCCUGACAGUUGAAUCUCUCUUUCUCACUCCACUCAAAUAACUUCUGCUGCAUUUUCUUUCUGAAUAAUUAUAGUAUCUUGAAGAGUGGUUAGCUUUUCUCACUGGUUGGAACUCUGCAGCAGAAACAUUCAAGAAUCACACUUUGCCUUUAAACUAUUCUGCCUUACUUAAAAAAAAUAAAAGAAAGAGGAUUUCUUCAUCCUUAAUGGUAUAUUUUUCUCAGCUUGUCUUUUAGGACAGAAAGUUUUCAAUUUUGAUCUCAUCUGCAAAAAUAGGGACUGUGGGUCUACAUUGUUUGCCUUGCAAGUUGAUAAGAUAUGCUUAUUCAAAACCCUGCAAGAAUUUCCAGCUUGAGGAAAGUCUCAUUGUCAUCGUAGUCAUCAUCAUCAUCAUCCAUCAUACUCUUUCUUGAAUAAGUUCCCAGUUUGGUUGUUUGAAUUACUAACUAUAUGAAGGAAAAGCAAAAAUUGUACACUUUUUCUAUACCAGCUAUGGUCUAUCAUACAUACAACUGAGGUAUUGAUGAAAGAAGGCACUUUGAUGAGGGUUUUGUUUUGCAAGAUCCACUGUCCAUUCAUCUGCUUCUGCAAAUCCUCUGCUGCUCAUCUUUACACUUCAGGUCCAUUGAAAUUGGAAAAUAGCCCACAUGUUGUUCCUUCAACAGCUUUUGCUCUUUCCAGUGCAUCUGAUAAGUCAUCUACUGGGAUCAAUGAAGAUGGUUUAAAUGGGAAGCAAGAAGCUGAAAAUGUGCUCAAGAGCUGCAUUAGGAAGAUCCCUUAUCGGUCCGAAGCCAACAAAGAGGUUGGGAAGAAAAGAGUGCAAUGAGUGAAAUAGGUGAUACUGACAAUGAAGAGGAGAGCAGCCGCUGUCUUUGUGCCAUUCUCUAAUGUUGCUAGACCAGCUCCUUCUUAACAUCAUUAGUGGCCUCAGCUUUAACCAGAAAGAUGUUGACGAUGAAAGAUACUAGUUAAUGGCAAGACUGUGAUUCAGAGAAGAGCUCUAUCUAAUCAUUUGAUUCGUUUAUUGAUUCUGCCCCUACUAUCAUGAAUGUAAUUCACUGGGGAUUUUCGCUGCCUGAUCCCAUGCUUCUUGGAGCAAGGUUUGGCAACUUAUUUUACCAUCAGCUCUUUGUGAUCAGACCCAAAAUCUGCACCGAGCUUCAAUUUACUGCCGCCACCUCUGAGAUGAGAGUGAAGAUAUUUUCCCCUUCAGCUGCAAUUAUUCUUGAUUCAGAUUUCUUUACCUCUUGCAUCAUCCAUUUGUAGGACUUCUCUAUUCUGUAUCUUGUUAAGUAUAGCUUAUGCAUCCUUCUGUACUUAAAGCAAUGGUCCUUACUUUGAGAGCCAGUCAUUUACUCAAUGUGUCCUUUUAACUUA